CCUCUGCACUGCAAUAAGAAGUGAUCCAAUCUUUUAUUUAUCAUUUUUAAUUCCCCUAAAUAAUUUUAUAAUAAUGGUACCUGUACAUGAAAGUCAUAUAGUAUUAAAGCAGCUGAUACUAUUUUCUUAGUGAGACCAAAAUAACAAUUUGACAAGACUGGGAGUGCAGUGCAUUAUUGACAAAUAGUCGUCACUUGCCCACCGUUCGGUAGUAUGCAGAGCUGGUUCUUUGCCCAAGACCGAAAAAAACCAAAAACUAGAAUUCCUCCGAAAUCGCCCGCCAAGCUACCACCGUCACCACCGAAAAUGUAUACCGAAGAGUGGAAAUUUAAUGUAUCCGUUCCAUAUGCUGAUGUUAGCGCUCGAGAUAUCGUCGUUAUUACGGGGAAUAUACCUCAGCUCGGUGACUGGGAUUAUUCGAAAGCAGUUCCACUUGAAAAGGAGCCAGGUAGAGAUGUGUGGUCUAACACUAUAACAAUACCAAACACAUGCGAGAUUUACUAUCGCUAUGCCGUGUGUACCUUCGAUGAUCAUAACAAAGAAGUCAUUGUGCGAUCCUGGGAGACCAAUGUUCGUCCUAGAGUAAUCAAGGAAAACAUGCGUGAGCCAUCACUAGAUGUCUAUGGGCACUAUGAUGGCAAGACUAGGAUCUGUAGGGGAUGGCUCACAUCUCAAACAUUAUUGCAAUUUAAAUUUGUCAAAAAUCCCUUAAAGCUUAAGACUCGUUUAGCAGGAAGACUCAUGAAUAUAAAAGUAACUCCAGUCAACUUGAGUUUUGGAACUGAAGGUCAGAUUGAUGAUUCACUAAGCACUGAUACUGCUGAGGUCCCCACCGGAGUUUCUGUAGAGGUGGCCACACUGGAUAAUGAUGCUUCUCUUUGUCAGCUGCACCCACAAGAACAGUUUGGAAAGGAGUACAGACCUAAUGAUAUUCUUAUUGUUAAUAUUAUGGCCCAGAAGCCGGACAGUGUGGCUUAUCUAGUAGAUUUCUAUUGCUAUAGUACAAGAGCUUCCACUCAGGAACCGCCAUGUCAUGUUGGUUACACAUACGUACUGCCCAACAUGUUCAAACCCUCGGAAGGAAUUUUAGAAUUGCCAGUCACAUGCAGCAUCAAGCAUAGACCUCUUGGGACGGUGAACAUUCAGUAUUUGGUUAUAAAUCCCAUGACAGAAACUAAGCUUAACUCCUUUGAGGUUUCAUAUGCAAAGCAUUGGAAUCCUGCAUGGACCGGGUUGGAGGUAGGGCAUCGGGGGCUGGGAGCCAGCUUCAAAAAGAAAGAAGGAAAUUCUAUUCGUGAAAAUACCAUAGCUUCUCUAAAACAGGCAGCUGCAAGUGGUGCAGACAUGCUUGAGUUUGAUGUUCAGCUAAGUAAAGAUAUGAUACCAGUUAUAUAUCAUGAUUUUUAUGUAUGUAUUUCUAUGAAAAGAAAGAAAGAGAUUGACUUCACAGAAAUGCUAGAAUUGCCUGUGAAGGACUUGACUUUGGAACAGCUUCAGAAACUUAAGGUAUACCACUUAGUUGAGGGACGAAGCCAUGAAGCCCUGUUUUUUGAUGAAGAUUUAGAAGAACACCAGCCAUUUCCAACAUUGGAAUUGGCUUUAAACACUAUAGAUAGCCAUGUUGGAUUCAAUGUUGAGCUUAAAUGGACCAUGGAAUUGGAGGAUGGCACAUUUGAGCUUAACAACCCAUUUGAUAUGAACAUUUAUGUUGAUAAGGUACUGGAAAUUGUUCUGAAGAAUGCAGGAUCAAGAAACAUCGUGUUUUCCUGUUUCAAUCCUGAUAUCUGCACAAUGGUCAGAAACAAGCAAAACAAAUAUCCUGUCAUGUUUUUAACUAUCGGUGUAACAAGUAAAUACAAGCCAUACCGAGACCCCAGGUGCCUAUCAAUUCCGGCUGCAGUACAAAAUGCCAUCAGUUCAGACAUUUUGGGCAUAGUUGUGCACACGGAAGACCUGCUCAGAGAUCCUACCCAGGUCAAGUUGGCGACGGACGCCGGACUGGUGAUAUUCUGUUGGGGCGACGACAAUAACGACAAAACCACCAUCAAGAAACUCAAAGAUCUAGGUCUUCACGCCGUCAUAUACGACAAACUUGACCAGUACAUCACUAAAGAAGUUAAGGAAAGCAUAUUCCUGAUGGAAGCGCGCGAAUCCCAGCGCGAUGUGAUUCGCCUGGCCGCGCUCGAGUCGCCCACGCCCGCGCCCUCGCCCACGCCCGCGCCCUCGUCCGCGUCCGCGAGCAGCGCCUCCGCGAGCCGCGCCUCCGCGAGCCGCGCCUCCGCGGAGGCCUCGCGCGACGCCGCGCGGCCCUACCUCGACCUGGCCGCUCGCUGUGCCGCAGCGCCCUCCACAGUAACCUCGCUAGAGUCCCUCGCGUCCACCGACGACGAGGAUAGAAACUUGAAGAGGAACAGGGACAUUAUUGCUUGCAUUGACAAGGAAUCCCAAGUAAAGGAGCAGCGUCACAACUUCCAAGGCCUGUUUCCGGCCGGCGACAAUAAGUCGGCUAGUAUCAAAAAGUCGCGAAAGAGUGACGCUGAAUGAAUUUAUCUAGCUAGAGCUUGCAGCAAAGUAUGUUUUUGAUUUUAUUUUUUUGCUCAAUUUAUAGUUAAUUAUUUCCAUUUAAGGGCAGUAAAUGCGGAUGGUUUUGUAUAGAUUUUAAUACAAUGUGACCCGGUUUAAUGCUCUUAAGUUAGUUUUAUUACAUCUAUACAGGUAUUAAUUUUAAAUUGUUUCCAGUAACGUAACACAUUUUUGUAUUUUAUUUCAUAAAUCGUAGUUAGAUUGCAUUGAUUUCUGGGUAAUAUAAUAUGCUACCUAUCAUUUGAAUCAUGUUAAGUUAAGUCAACUAUCAAUCUGAAACAGUACAAUAUUCGAUAACAUAGCAUAGAUAUUAGACACAUAAUAGUUACCAUUUUCUUAAUUUUAACUCGUGAACGACAUUUCCAAAAUAUAGCACCAGUCAGCUACUCUUGUGAUGUCUUUUACAUAUUUAUGUAUUUAGCCCUAACAGUUGUUAAAUUUUUGGCAUCAGUGUUAGCUAAGUCUAAAACUCAGUCAAUAAAUUAAACUUUAAUAAUAAUAACUUGCCUUCAAUUCUACAAACCUCUCUACUUUCUGUAUAAGCUAUGCAUAUUAUUAGCACUUUAAAUAGGUAAUAUAAAAAUGAAAACAUUAAUCUUCUUCUUUCCCCUGCUCUUAUCCCACGUUAUGUGGGGUCGGCACAACAUGUUUUUCUCUUCCAUUCUCCUCUGUCUUCCGUCUCCUCAGCACUCACUCCUUUCUUUCUCAUAUCCUCUUUCACACAAUCAAUCCAUCGUUUUUUGGGUCUACCAUACGCUCUCCGUCCAUCAACAUUCAUCCCUAACAUUAUUUUGCCUAUAUGGCAUUCAUCCCUCCUCAUUACAUGCCCAUACCACGCUAACCUCCUCCUCCCCAUUUUCUCCGUUACUGGAGCUACAUACUUUCAAACUUCCUCUUAUAUACUCAUUCUUAAUACGAUCCUUUCUCGUCACUCCACACAUCCAUCUCAGCAUUUUCAUUUCCGCGGCGUGCACUCUUCUUUCAUCCGCUACUUUCGUCGCCCAGCAUUCUGAUCCAUACAUUACAACAGGUCUCACGAUCGUUCUGUAUAUUUUCCCCUUAAGUUUAAAAAUGAAAACAUUAAUAUAAACUUGAUUAUUUAUAAAUAAAGGUAAAAUAAUAAAUUAAAGAGUAAGAACAACAAUAAAGAAAAUGCACCAGUUAUGGUCAGUAAAUCGUCGUAGAUUUUUGUUAUACAUUAAUGACUAGUUUAUUGUAGGAAUGUAUGUACCUACACUUGCAAGGCACACAUGUCGCAUUUUUGACGGAGAUUAUCUUGAAGUUUAGGUAAUCUGCCUAAAGUUAUUAAUUAGUUAUCAAAAAUCAUCUUUAUAAUUUACCUUAUAAAGCUCCUCCUAUAGGCCCCGUGCAUGAACUAUAGGGGGCAGCACAGGAGCCGGCAGAUUUUUGGCGCGAGGCGUAAAGGUGAAGUUUAUGCUUCCGAUGCAGCCCACAAGAUGGCAGAACCUGCUAUUUACAAGAAACAUAGAAGGUAGGAUCGCAUAGAAGUGGUAUACGCGUGCCUCCGUGAGGGACAAAACAUACGCAAAUGCGACACUGUGAUUGGUCGAAUUCAUUUGUUGCCCACCAUUCUCCAUACUAAUAAAAAGGUGGGGAACAAACAAAAAGUGAGACUGUGACAAGGACAAGCAAUAAUACCGCUUUCUCUGCUACUCCUACUGAAAGAUACAUAAGACUAUCCCGUUCUGUCAGUUACCCCCACCACUCAUGCCAGAUCCAGGUAUAUCCUAGAUUCAUGACAAGAAAACGUACGAGAACGGUAGAUGGCAGCACUUGCUUUGGCGUGAAGUGUCAAUGUACAUGUUUAUGUUUCCGAUUCAGGCCACAAGAUGGCAGACCCUCCAACGCGCACGGCCCUAUACCCUUAUAGUUAGCACUCUAUCCUUACUUAUUUCUCUAUGGUUAACGUACACCAAAUUGUGUAAAAAUAUUUUCCAUAAUGUCAAUAUCCAGAGAGGAAAGUGGGGACUACGUUUGUAUGAAGGAACGGUCGUUCAUUAGCCUCUUAAUUUAAUAUUUAAACUUCGUGGUCUUCGCCGUCGCGCUUUGAUGUCUCAGUGCUGCCACCUAGUGCACGUCAUUCAGAUAGCUCAAUUUUUGAGACAACUAUAUAUACACGGUGUAACAUGAGGAAACCGAAUAAUUUUAACAGCAUAUUCCUGAUCAUAUUUAGAGACAAAAAUGUCCUACUUAUAAACUUUUUUGAAAUUCGCCUAGUUUCAGAGUUUUUAUUGUUACAUAGUGUAAAAGGCCUUUUUGAUGGUGAUGUUGCUGCUAUGGGACGUAGUCUAAAUAUCCUUAUUGAUAGAUGUCAAAAAGUGACAAGUAACACUUUGCAAAAAGUAGGUUUUACUUAGGAGAAAAAUCACGUUUUAAAAAAUGCGUGAGAGAAUCUCUCUACGCGACCGUUCUGAAGGGUUGAAAAACAAUGUUACGUAACGCGUAGUUCAAACCCCCCCUCCCGUCCCUGUAACGCAUCGUAACGUUUUACAAAACCCCCUCCCCCCCAAAUUCGUUACGUAAUACUUGAACGCUCCCUCAUUAAGCAAAAUGUGAGACGCAAUACACAUUGGAAAAUAAAUUGGAUAGGUGGAAUUGGUAUUCCACAGGGUGGUUUAAGAAAGUUUUAUAGAACAAUAUUGAAUAUAGAACAUUAUCCUUUUUUUUGUCUGUGAUAAGUAGUGGUCAAGUUCUUAACCUUUUCGACGUCGUGUCAAACACAAAAGCUGUCACUCGGACGCCACGUCACCGAAAUGUCAAAACUGAAAUUGAACUUUAUGCAUAUGCACGUAGGUCUGUGUUGAUCUGUGGUCUGUGACGGAUUAAUCGGGUUUUGGCGUUGGACCUAUGGUGCGGAUAUAUCGGUUAUUGGCGUCAAAAAGGUUAAAUAUGUAUAGAUAGUAAAAUUCAUAAUUUUAAUUAUAAGAUUGAGGUACGGCUAAAUUCUAUAUUUUUCUGUAUAAUUUUUAAAAUUGUAUUAAAGUGUAUUUUAACGUAA